GUUUGUUUGCUGGAUUUGUAAAACAGAAAAACCAAUAAAUACUGUUGGUGUGGUUACUGAUGCCGGGUGAAAGAAAGGUUUUCUUAUAAAAGUGCAUUAAUAAUUAAUUUAACAAGAUGAUGGAACACAUAAGACAACACGAUUGGUGCGACUCGGAGCCAGAUAAUUACUUUGUAUUGGAGUCUGACAUUGACAAAUACAGUGUGAUCAACAAGAUCUUGGCCAACAAGUUCCACGACCCUCUGUUGGCGUCCAGCGAAUCAGAAGAUGAAGGAAAUCAAAGGCCCAUUCAUUGGGAUAAAAUAUUCAAAGAAAAAAAAGAGAAUGAGCAAGGAAUUGGAAACCGGCCAGUUGUUCCUGGUUUUUCACCGUUCCCACCGUAUCCAAAACUGUCUGCGCUAACCAUCCAACAGCAUCAGCAGUUGCUCCGAGUGCUGUGUGGCCAGAACCUCGACGUUAUGCCAAUGGAGUUCAUCGGCAGGGCCAAAAAAUGUGAUUAUAAAGCUUUUGAGGAGCUGAAAGAAACAUAUGAGAAGGAGCAAAAAGAGUUCAUAGAAUGGGGCAAAACAAUGUGGACUACCCAUUGCUGCCGAGUCCUGCGUCCCAAGCCAAUUGUGGAGAUGGUUUACGACUCAGAUUUCAAGGUGGCUGCGCACCGUUUUGAGAGCUUCCCCAAAAACUUCCAUGUGGCCGCACAGAUACCAUUAGAGGAUUCGAAAAUUACUUGCGAAAUGGCACAAGUUGAUUCACUGAUCAAAGUAAGCACAACCUCGCUGCCACAGAUAAAAGAGCCGGACCUGUCUCGCGAGCGGCUGUACAUAACAGCAGCCGACUAUCCCGCGCCCGAGCCCUGCAGCAAACACCCCUGCCGCUUCAUGCUGCCAAAGGAGAACUCCCUGACGAUACUGCCGCUAACUGAAGUGCAGCGGGAGUUAGCAGAAUAUGCAGUGGAGAAUGGAGCGCACUGCAUCGCCAGCGAAGAAGCGCUGCGAUGUCUCAUGGAGCUGGAUAGGCACUGGUCGCUGGGCCUGUCUGUGUGCUCGGUUAUGUCUAUCGAUGGCGAUGGCAUAACUACAGUGGUGAUAGACAGUGAGUUCUCACUUCAAAGGGAGCCGGCGCUAGUCCGCACGCAGAAAGCCUUCCGGAAACUUCUGGAGUACACUCUUAUUCCGUCGGAAGACAAGCAGUCGAGCAGCAAAUGUGACGCGAGCCCGAGCGCUGCAAAGAAGAGUGGAGGAUUUGGCUUCAACGAUAUGGAUCUCAGUGAUGAAGACGAGGACCAACUCAUCAUCGACACAGGUGAUCUUCAAAUCAAUGAUGAAGAACCUCAAACCAAACCAGCCAUUCAAACAAGAUCUUCUCAAAAGAACACUGAAACGGAGGCUGACAAAACGAAAGAAACAGACAAAGGAGAAACAAAUGACAACAAAAUUGACUUCUAUAACUGCACGUGUCGAGAGCCAUUGGACACUCCGCCAUCUAGGUCAUACACGAAGUGGAAAGUUAUAAAUACGGCUUCAAACGACGCAUACAGCUUUAUCGCUCAUACGCCACAUACAGCCAAGUUUGAUUCAGGAGGAGAGGUGGCGGUAGAACCGAUAUCAGAGUACCAGGUAGACCUGGGAGUGCGAGAGUUAUCGCCGCACACCCUGCGAAGCCAGGCUCUCGUGCUUAUGCUGAGGAAGAACGCGUCCAUAUUGAACGUGAGAAUAGACGCGCCGACGGGUGAGGUGGUGAAGACAGAAAUCGUCCACUACGAGGAGUUCGUGAAGAAACACAUGGACGUCAUUUAUGACGUUCACAAUCGCCUCUACACGCUACUGGAUCAGCUACAGGGUCUGCUGCCAGGACAUUAUGUGCUGCGGCACGAGCCAGCGCAUGGCAACAACGCGAUUCUCUACACAACGCUAGGAGGUCGCGGGAAGGCGGCUGCAUUGACGAUGCACUUCGACGCCGCGCUGCCCCUCGAAGCAGACGAGACCGUCAGCCUGCGUCAACCGCCCACGCUGACAACCGGCCUGCUGCCUAUACACAAGGUGCGUCGCAUGCUUCCGUGCGCGUUCACACCACAUCCGCACCAAUUACCGCGCGCGCCGCGACGUCCGCCGGCGCGCGCGCGCCCACCGCCACAUGCCAUCAAGUGGCCCAAAAAGAAGGGGAAGAAGAAGAAAUGAAGAUAAAACUGAAAUAGAACUACACUUAACUUAUACUGUCAUGUAACAUACCAACUACUUAAAACUAUUUAUUAUCUGAGUAUUGGUUUGACUAUACUUAUGAAUACAUUAUUAGAAAUAAUAUAAAAUUUGUAUUCACAGUUGACCGAAUCCGAUAUCACUUUUUGUUAAACAAAGAAAAGAAUAAACACAAAACCUAUUAAACGCCGACAGAGUACUUUUGAACCUACCCUGUAUUACAAAAGUUAAUAAUAUGAUUGUACUCAAAGUACAACAUAAAAGUAUAAAGAACAUUUUCGAAAUAUACACCUUUUUCUAAAAGAGGGAACUGUGAGAACACGUCUUAGUAGAACGUAUAGCGCUGUGAAAGUAAAUUUAUUCAUAAUGAACGCAGAAACUGCAGUAAUGUUAAUA